CAAUAUGAUAGUAUUAGAUGAAUUCCAUCCAAAGAAGAUCUAAAAGCCCAGCUUGCCUAACGCCCGCCAUGAUCAAACAUAGCCACCGGAUUUACCAAAGCCUGUGUUUCGAGUUGUUGACGCUAAGAAGAUGGACAGCUGUGUGGGGCCAAAUUCUUUCACUAUUCCCGAAUAUGCGCUGCCCUCCAGCGGCAAGAGAAUGCCGCUUUUGGGCUUGGGAACGGCGGCCUCCCCACCUGUAGGAUCAGAAGCUACAAAAAUGGCAAUUCUCCAAGCAAUCAAACUUGGUUACAGACAUUUUGAUACGGCUGCUAAGUAUGGGUCAGAGGAGCCGCUGGGUGCAGGAAUCGCAGAAGCACUUUCCUUAGGAUUGAUUCAAUCUCGAGAUGAGCUCUUCAUCACUACCAAGCUAUGGUGCGGCGAUGCUCAUGGCGAACUUGUUGUCCCUGCCCUUAAGAGGAGCUUACAAAAUCUCAAGUUGGAGUACCUUGAUCUCUUUCUUAUUCAUUGGCCCAUGAGCGCAAAACCUGGGACAUAUGAAUUUCCAAUAAAGGAGGAAAACUUCCUCCCCAUGGAUUUCAAUUCGGUAUGGGCAGCCAUGGAAGAUUGCCAGAGGCUUGGUCUCACAAAGGCUAUUGGCGUCAGCAAUUUUUCCUGCAAAAAGCUGAGAGACAUCGUCGCCAUUGCAAAGAUCCCUCCAGCUGUUAACCAGGUGGAGAUGAACCCACUGUGGCAACAGAAGAAGCUAAGAGAGUUUUGCCAAGCAAAUGGGAUCUUUUUGACUGCUUACUCUCCGUUGGGAGCCAAUGGAACCAGGUGGGGCAGCAAUAGAGUACUGGAGUGUGAGGUGCUGAAAGAAAUUGCAGAGGCAAAAGGGAAAACUGUUGCUCAGAUAUCUCUAAGAUGGGCGUAUGACCAAGGGGUCGGUGUGAUUGUUAAGAGCUUCAAUGGGGAGAGAAUGAAGCAAAACCUCGAGAUAUUCGAUUGGUCACUGAAUGAGGACGAGCUGAACAAGAUCAGUGAGAUCCCCCAAAGCAGAGGUGUCCCUGGAGUGGAUUACAUCUCCAGAUAUGGACCGUUCAAGACAGUUGAGGAGAUCUGGGAUGGUGAAAUGUAAUUUGAUCAUCAACUCCUUUAAUGGUUGCCACUUGCCAUUAGGUAACGGAAUUGCAGACCUAAGUCUAAACCAAAUCCAGCUUUCUCCUAGCAAGAUCUUCCAUCCACUAAUAAGUUCACUUUUGGGAAACAAUGAUGUCUGUGUUGGAAUGAUAUAUGAUUAAAUGACAAUUCCGUGGAUAUUUCUUAACGUGCAGCAAUUUAAGUA